AUGCAAGAGUCCACGCUCCACGCCCGAGCGCCCCCCAUUGCUGGUGCCGCAGAGCCCCUCCAAGCUGCCCAAGCCGAGAAGCAUCAGCACCCAGAGACGCAUCAGACCGGGCAUUCUCAUCCUCCGACCCUCCGCGCGCGUCUUGGUCUCCCAACGCGCCCCGCGUACACCGCGAUGCUGCCCGCUAGCGGCAGCGGCCACGACCGGGCGGCCCAUACCACACCCUCGGCCCAGGAUAUGCCGGUCCACUGCAAAAGUAUAUCAUCCCUCGCAUAUCUCAUUGUCCCUGGCCAACAAUAUCAACGCGUCGCCACUACCGCUGCUCCCCCAUCAGCUUGCAGUCAACAACACACCCCGCGACAACAACAACAACAACUCUGUCACCCCCUUCGCGAUAAGACUAUAGGCAAGAGACGUCCCAACUGCCGCAUACACUAUCGCGCACACGAUCACGCACUCCUCUACUGGGCCACCUUUCCCUUCGCCAAGCCCAUCACUCUCGCCCUCUCGCAUCUAAGCAGCGAGCACGCCGCCUCCUUAUACGGCUCGCCAGCGCAUCACCCUCAAGGCGACACCCAUCUCUGUGCUCCUUUCUUACUCGUCUUCCCCAAAGAAAUGAGCACACCGAUCCUGUCCCCCACCUCGACCGUGGUGUCCUCUUCCUCGCCUCGGUCGAUCACCUCCCCAAGACAACAAGCACGUACAUGCUGCCCUACGCCUCAGCUGUUUGCCACUUCGGCUCGACCUUCGACUUCGACGACCCCGAUCCAAGCGGUUGUCUCAUCUCCGGGUGUCAUCACUGUCAAUGACUUGGUGUCGGCACUCGCUUCCUCCAGCAUUAACAACCACCCCGUCUCGGCCCAGGAUGCGAAAUUGGCCGGUCCUUCUCGCUGCCAGUCGCCCAUGACUCCUAGCGAGAGUAUCCCCAAGAUCCAUCGCCCGCCCAGCAUGACCGGCCCUCCUUCUCCGCCCGACUCUGAGACCGAUAAGCAAGGCCGCCCGGCUGUUGCCGCCCUCCCCCCGCUGAUCAAGCCCCGCCGCAGGCUGAACCGCGCAACCCACAGACGCCUCAGCCUGAACCACCAGCGUCAGAGGUCCCUUCCGCCUCCACCGCCUCCACCUCCCACGGCGGUCGCCGUCACGGUGACGCCACCCCACACGCCGAAGCUCAAGACGUCUGACAUGCCCGAGGCACCCGUCAGUGACGCGGAGGUUGUCGAGGUGCGCACCAAGAAGGUUACGGGCAAGAUCGCGAAGGCACGCCGUGUGGUUGCUCCCCGGCUUCCGACAUUGGCCUAUGCCAUGCCCGGACGUAACGGUAAGACCUGGCAGGAGUCCAUCUGCUGCAUCGAACCGUUGGGUGCCUGCAUGGGCGAACAAGCUCCGGGCUCUAGCUUCUGCGCUGAGCACACCUGCACUGGCGUCAACGAAGACAAGACCGGAUGCACGAACCCGGUGUACCACCCGCGGAUGAGCCGCUAUUGCGCCCUGGGCUACCACCACGAGACCGGACGCACCGACCCGCUCUAUGAGGCUGUCAUCAAAGGCCAGGAGCGCACUGUCGACCGCACUGCCCAGCGCAAUGCCGAGAUUGAGUCUGCCCUGGCCUGGUUCGACAAGAAGUUUGGCAAGGUCGUCGACUUCCGAGGCGACGGUCCGGAUCCUGUCUGCCCUCCAGUGUCUACGCCGAUAUCGCAACACCACUCGCGCCUCGACCUCGCCUGGGGUCCGUAUUCCACCGGCCAGGACCGCUACUGGCAGGGGGAGUGGAAGGGGCCGUGGUCUCUUUCACCCAUCCACUUCCGCCCCACUGACGCAUCGCGCACGACCGGAAUGCCGAUGCGAAUGGAGGGCGGCCGCAGUGCGUGA